UCAAUAGAUCCACCGCCAAUCUUAGGUGUAGGUCAGGAACCCAAUGUUGGAGUUUUCAUUGACGAGCAUAAAAGAAGAGCUGAUGGUGACCUCAAUGCACCACCAUUUGAUGAUUUGCGCAAUUACGCUUAUGAAGGAGGUGGCAGUACAGCAGGCUCUCUGAGUUCGCUUGCUUCAGGAACGGACGAUGGCACACACGAAUACGACUACCUGGGCGCAUGGGGCCCUAGAUUUGAUAAACUGGCAGACAUGUAUGGUCCUGGAGAGGAGAUUGAACCUGACGACGAAUAAUCUAAGUGUCGAUCAUAAUGAAAAACAUUCCUUCGUCACAAAACCUAUUAAAAAUAAUAUAAUCACGUUC